GCCGUGUAUCGCGUUGAAAACUUUCCGUGUGGAAACACCGCUGAUGAAUAAGCGUUCCGCUUUGUCUCUGGUCGCCCUUACUCUUCAUUCUUGCCACCUUUGCUCUCCUCCCACCUUGUCUGUCUUCCUAGGGCUGAUGUGUACCAUGGAUGGGCCGGGCGCCGGGCUGGAGCAUCAGUGGCCGCUGCUCAGAUGAAAGCGUUCGUGUGCUGGGUGCUCACCUAUGUGGUCUGCCUGGCCGCGGUGAAGAAGAUGUGGAGCAGCCGGUACCUGCGGAGUCACCUGAGUAGAUCCCUGUACAUGAACAUGCUGAGCCACAGCCAGUCUCCCCCGUACUGGGAAGGAAGCCACCAGUGGUACGUAUGUGAUACUCAGAACUUAAGCGAAGCUCUAAGGCCGAUGUUUGUUCAGAGUUACCUAGACGACGGGACCCAGACGUUUCUUGACAGGAGUAUUGAGAAAUCCGGCUGGCUCUCUAUCCAGUUGUAUCAUUCCUUCAUGUCUUCUGUCUUCAGCAUGUUUAUGUCCAGAACCUCCAUCAAUGGGUUGCUGGGUCGGGGGUCCAUGUUUGUCUUUUCAACAGAACAAUUCCAGAGACUUCUCAGAGUUAGCCCAGACUGGAAAUCCCAGAGGCUGCUAGAUUUGGGAGCAGGAGACGGUGAAGUGACAAAAGUUAUGAGCCCGCACUUUGAGGAGACCUAUGUGACCGAGAUGUCCCAGACUAUGAUAUGGCAACUUCAGAAGAAAAAGUACAGAGUGCUAAAUAUUGAUGAAUGGCAGAGGACAGGAUUGCAGUAUGACGUCAUUAGCUGUUUAAACCUCCUUGACCGAUGCCACCAGCCUGUCACCUUAUUGAAGGAAAUGAGAAGUGUCCUUGAGCCAACCCGAGGCCGUGUUAUACUUGCCCUAGUCCUGCCUUUCCACCCUUAUGUAGAAAAUGUUGGUGGGAAGUGGGAGAAGCCAGCAGAGAUGAUGCAGGUGAAUGGAACCAUGUGGGAAGAACAAGUGAACAGCCUGGCUGAUGUAUUUGAGGAAGCCGGAUUUGUUGUGGAGGCCUUUACCCGACUUCCGUAUUUAUGCGAAGGAGACAUGUACAAUGACUAUUAUGUUCUGGAUGAUGUUGUCUUUGUUCUUCGGCCUGUGUAGACCCAACAGCUGGAAAAC